GAGAGGAUGGGGGUGUAAAAACAUCAGUUCAGCUAAAGCACAGACGCAUUAUUGCAGUGAUCGAGCGCACGUGUCUGUUUACUGCACUAACCUUCAACACUCAGAUUCACAGUGUGACCGAAAAUACUAAUACUGUCGCGAACUACAUUAUUUAUGUAAUCGUCGUAAAGAAAUCUCCAACUGGAGUUCGCACAUUUCUCAAAACGGAAUAUAUAAUCGCUCGAGCAUCCCAUCACGCGACGCUCACAGUCCAGUGCGCGCUUCAAUGCGGCACGCGCGCGGAGAUCCUGCAUCAACAUCAGCAGCAUCGGCUACUUCUCUUCAACCAUCCAUCUCUCCUUUCAUUCUAUAAAUCGUCUUUUUGGUCUAGUGACCCGUAUCUAUUGAGCGAGGCAACAACCGCAUAGAAAAUGUCUGCUGCAGAUAAUGCUAAUCCAGCUGGAGGAGAGGGGGGACCUCCUGCCGCACCUCCAAACACCACCAGCAACCGCCGACUACAGCAGACACAAGCACAAGUGGAUGAGGUGGUGGACAUCAUGCGUGUAAAUGUGGAUAAAGUUCUGGAGAGAGACCAGAAGCUGUCAGAACUGGAUGACAGGGCAGAUGCUCUGCAGGCCGGAGCGUCUCAGUUCGAAAGCUGUGCGGCCAAACUAAAGAACAAAUACUGGUGGAAAAACUGCAAGAUGAUGAUCAUAAUGGGUGUCAUUGGAGUCCUUUUCAUUGGAAUCAUUUUCUUGUAUUUCUUCUCCUGAGCUGAUCCACAUGAUGAGAAUGAGAAAAUGUAUGAAUGAGGAAGAAAGCAUAAACAACACAAUAACAAGCUCCACCCCUUUUCCUGAUCCAUCUCUUCAAGAUCUCGGUUUUGUCUCACAAUUUGGAGACUGUAGUAGAUAUGAGCUCUUCUUUCACCUGUACAUUUCACAUGCAAUUUAUUUUAGUCUCUCUCUCUCUCUCUCUCUCCCUCCCUCACUCUCUCUUUCCCUCACUCUCAGAGUUUACUGCAUUUCAUACAUAUAGUAACUACACACACAUACAGGGAGGGAGAGAUAAGACAUCAGGCUAUAAGAAUGGGAGGAAAAUUGUAGCUACACUUGUGAUGAGCAGUCAUGUGAUUGACAGAGAAUAGCAGGACUCAAGGGGGUCUUUUGCAUGUAGAAGAGAGAGAGGGGGCUGUCAAAUAGAUUACAAAAAAAAUGGGUGGCACAGAAAACAUCCAAUCUCUCCCUGUGAUGUCAAACCUUUCUCUUUGGAUAUUUUUUAAGAGAGCAUUUGUAAAUUGAUACGCACAUAAUCUGUUCUGGCUCCCAUCUUACUAUUACUGCUAUUGCCAUUAGCCUGUACCAUGAGCUAUCAGUCUAUCUAUUUUAUUCAGAACUCAUAGAGUAUGUGUACUGAUAAUACAGAUAAUACAGAAUACAGGUACUUUUUCCAGAAAAAAACUGCAUAGCACAAAAAGAAUUUACAAGAUGCAGUUUUUAUUUUUAUCUAAAGGAGAAUGUUAUUAGUUAAUAAAAAUAAAUAGUAAAAAGAGAAUAAUACAGCCAUUUAUAUUAUAUUGACAGGAAGAAAAUUACAAUUAAAUUAAAACUGUGUUGAAGGUUAACUGCUGGUUUUUGACUUGCAUGACAGAUUAUUCCUACUGUCUCUUUUAUAUGUGGUGUAUUCAUUUAUUUAUUAUUUAUAAAUAUUUUUCUAAGUUCUAUUACUAUGACUGCCUGAUUUACAGAACAAACCUCAUUUUCCUCUUUUGUGGAAAAGUUUCGUCUGGGCAAAAAAAAAAAAUAAUACUGUGAGCCUGCCAUGAUGUACAGAAAUGUACGGAAAUCUACUCAGAAAUGUAAAAUCAAUGCAGGGUGAGAAUAAUAGUCUGUACUGCCAUGCAAUAGAUAACUAUUGGUUAUCACAUUCCUGUGUCUAUACACUUGCAUAUUUUGUUCUUUUGUUUUUAUAUGUGGUUUUGUAUUUUGACUGUAGAUGUGUAUUUUCUCUUGUAAGCUCAAAUGAGACAUUUAGUUAGUGUGAGACACAUUUUGACAAUCAUGUCAAUGUCAAAAAUGGUUCCAAUCUUCCUAAAGAUAAUGUCAAAUUAUAUAUUUGUGUUUUUGUGAAUGAAUAAUAAAGCCACGACAGAGAGGUAAUUCUUUCACCUCUGACACAAACAUUAGAUUUUAAAAAGCAUAAACCGCACACAUACAGUAUAUCCUCCAUAAUACUACAAUGCCAAUAAAACCAUCAACAUAC